GCCAUGGGCUAAACUAAACACAAAGGAGCAAAAGGUGGAGCCAAGCCGCGCCGGAGCGCGCGAAUGAACUAUUCAAUGUUCAGCGUAACCGUUCCGAGAAACCUCCUUCGUCUAAUCUCUCUCUAAUCCCUCUCUCUGUGUGUGUGUGUGUCUCACUGUCUCUCAAAAUACCUGGCCAUUAGCCAAUCGGAUUAUCCAAAACUUAAUUUCAAAAUCAAAUUAAAUCUAUCUCUUUCUCCCUCUCUCUCGCUAGCUUCCUGGCCUGCUGUUCUUUAUGCUUUAGUACUAUAAGCCUUCACUGCCGGAUUAGCUAGGGCUCCGGAGACGACGAACGUUCAUUCAGCCUUUGAAGGUUAACAUAUGGAGGGAAGGUGUUCUUUAUCUUUGAUCAGUAUGUUGGUCUAAGCUUCUGCUGAGGAUUUGUCAACAUCUUCUGCCAAUGGCUGCUGAUCACCGAAGAAAAAGGCUUAAUGGUGCCAGCAUUGCAGGUUGCAGUUCUUGGGAGGAAUACAAAACCAAAAAGAAAAAAUUGGUAUCACCAAAAAAUGAAUUAAAUAUAAAGUCUCAUAUUUCUCUGGAGUGGGAUGGCAACCGAAAAAAGGUUGUUGCCAAAAGGGAACAAAUUGGGUUAAGUCAGAAUGAUCUAAGGACAUUUGUUGAUCCUUCUCCUCAGCAUCACAAUAUCCUAGCAGAUGUUAUUGCUAUUCCUCGAGAAAUUUUUGAGGUGGAUAAUUUGAAUAGGGUGCUUUCACAUGAGGUUUGGCAGAGCAAUUUAUCUGAAAAUGAGAGAGAAUAUCUUAUGCAAUUUCUUCCAAAAGGUUCAGAUGCAGAAGAAGUCGUGCAAACAUUGCUUGCUGGGGACAACUUUCACUUUGGAAAUCCUUUUGUCAAAUGGGGUGAUUUACUUUGUUCUGGAAAUCUUCACCCUGACGCUGUUAUUCAUCAGGAGCUGUGCAUAAAGUCUAAUAAGAAAGCAUACUACUCUGAGAUACAGCAGUACCGUAAUGACAUGAUAAAAUAUUUGCAGAAGCUGAAGGAGACUUGGGAAAGCAGCAAGGAUCCUGAAAAGGAAGUUUUGCAGAAGAUAAGGAGGUCAAGAAGGGAUGCAGACAGAAGAGUUUCCUUGAAUGCAAAUGAGUCAAGGUUUCGUGAACUUGAGGAUGAUGCCGUGGCUACUUCUGAAUCUUGCUCUUUGGUUGCAGAGGAGAAAACAUGCAGCAGUGACAAUCAAAACUCUUCAAUGUCAAAGGGUGGAGAGCUUGAAAGAAGUCACAGGAUUCAUGAAAAAGACUUCAUGGGGGAUAAAAGUAGAAAGCCAUUGGUUGCUUCAGAUGAUGCUAAACCCAGAAAAGGAGAAAAGCUACACAAGCGUAAUAUUCACCACAUUGAUGGUGUCAAAUACAUGUCAUAUUUAAAGAUAAGCAAGAAGCAGCACCAACUUGUUAAGAAUAUGAAGCAAUCUGGUAAAAGCAUUCAGUCCAAGUCUCUUAACCGUGUGUUAGGUAACCUUGACACACUGCAUGUGCAACCAUAUGAAGAAUUUGUGAAGGAAGAACGAAAGAAGUUGCAUGAGCAUUGGUUGCAACUAGCAAAUAAAGAUCUUCCUAUAGCAUAUGAAAACUGGAGACGACGACGGUUACAGAGAUGUGAAAUCACCAAAUCAUUGGAGCAAGACAUGAAGGACAAACUAGAAUCCUUAAUGGAGGAAGAGGAGAAAUUGAACCAUGGGUUUUGUCUUCAGGAUCAAAGUGAUCAGGGAGCAAGAAAACAUGAAUACAGAUUGGAGAAUGAGGAGGAAUUGAACCACAAUAAUUGUUUUCGGGAUGAGAGUGAUCAAGAUGCAGGACCACAUGAAUCCGAUAUGCAGGAUGAGGAGGAAAUGCAUGAUGAGGCUGUUGUUGACUAUCAGAAUGAUCAAGGAGCAAGAGAAUAUGAAGCCAUUCUGGAGGACGAGGAAAAAGAGAUCCAUGAUAGGAUUCUGCUUGAUAAUCAGAAUGGAAUAAGAAACCAAGAGUCUUAUGUGGAAGAUAAUGAACUUUCUGGUUCUGGCACUUCAGAGUACCAGUUCCCACAGCAGAAUUCUUCCCUUAGUCGUGGCCAUGAUCUUAAUCCCAUAGACACAGAUUCAGAAAGUAAUCAUGUGGCAUCCAAAUCAAAUGAUGCUUCCCCAGACGCAUCUGAGUACUUGGGUAAUGCAAACACAGCAGAUGCUUCCAUUAGCCAGGGGGUUCCCAUCUCUUCCAGUGGAGAUGCUUGGCCAGCAGUUAGCAUGCAACACUCAUUUUAUGAUUCAACUGCAAACCAUGAAUACACAUCUGCCAGUGAGUUGUCACUCCCACAUCCAGUUAAUGGAACUCAUCGGCCUCAAUUGAUCGAUUUGGAAUCUGAUGUGCAUGGAGAUGACACUGGUAAAGAUUUGUUGCACAGACAAUGUGAUGAUGGUUCCUUCAGUUCUUACACAAACCAUGACCGAAGUGGGUUGCUUCAAUCUCUGAUCAAAGGACAACAAAUGCUACCCUACCAUACUGAACAGAAACUGAUGCGGUUAGAUUUCCAAUCAUCCAAUAAUGUGUUCAUUGAAGAUGGUCAUUUUACUGGGCAUAUCCAAAGGCAGCUUCAGCCCUCACUGCCAUUGGAGCAGGGGCUUAAGAGACGAGGUGAGAAUUACAUGCAACAAUCCAUCUCAGAGGGCAUAUACUCCGAAGGAAGUCCAUACUUACUUCCGAGACAAGGGCAUGUUCCGCCAGUCAACCUACAAGACUGGCCUGUUAAUCCUGUUCGCAUGCCAGCACAGGCCCAACCUCACAUGAAUAAUGAUGUAUUGUUAACUCAGAACUGGUUUUCUGGGGAGCGUCCAGUUCGUGGUGGCUGGAACGGUACAGGCAGUGUAAGUGGCCCAGCCCAGAGCGUUGGAUGUAAUACAGAUCAGAGCUUAUUUAGCGUUCUAUCCCAGUGCAACCAAUUGCGUACUAAUAACUAUUUUGAUUCGAUGGGGCCCACUGAGCAGUUAAUGUUGCCAAGGAAUUAUGAGAUGGCAAGUGGUGUUGCUCCUAGGAUUAGUAAUUCUUUACCACAAACAACCCAUCCACUUGACUACUUGAACGGGCGAGAUACAGCUAGUUCUGUGACUCCUGAUGAUAUAGGAUGGAUGACGAGUUUGCCUCAGAGUUCAGGCUUACAUGAUCCGGUGGGGAAGCCAUACCUGAGGUCAUGGAAUCAAUAAGACCAUCUCCUUUUUUGGAGGGUUAAAUUUAUGAUCUAGGUUGGUGAUUUUAUUGCGAGAAAAAUCAAAUACAAGAUGCACAUCACAGGAAUAGAUGACUUGUUAUCCAUCAGAAAACGUCUUUUGAGAUAACUGAAAGUUCUGCAGGAAAUGCCGGUGAGUUGCAGAAGUAGGAUUUUGUACAUACCUCAUACAAAAGCCAAGUGCAAUCCCAUGUAUAUAUGCAGCAGAUUUUAGAUGGGCAGGUGCAGGCAAAGAUAAGGGAAGGAUAUGAAAGAUUCUGAUAUCUCUCUUUGGUAGGUGGAUUAUAUAUUUUACUUUUUUUUUUAUUUUUUUUUUUGCUUCCCAGUGACAUUUUCUUUCUCUUACUUCCCCUUGUUCGCCUAAAAAUUUUCUUCUAAUAAUUUCAGAGGCUCUUUUUUUUUU